CAUCCACUAAGUAACUUUCUUCAGUUCCUGAGAAACUUUCCAAUCUCUCAGUCAUAACGAAAAAAAGGCUGCGACAUCCUGUGCUUUCGUCUUCCGAAUUAAGCGAUAGCCGGCUAGACGCAACGCAGCUCUUCCAUUCUCGACCAAGUGCCAAAAAGUCAAUUCAUUGUUCUCUUGAAACUCAUUAUCUGAUCAACUGAUUAACCUACCAUCCUGUACACCUACCUUGGCCAUCUCAUCCAAGGUCAUCGUCAAUUCAAAGUGCGCCUAGAGCUUCUCCCUCCCAUCGACCGGUAUUCCAUCCUUCUAAGCGCUGCUCGUUUAUAUCGGAUACAGUGGCGUCCGCACAAGUUCAAGCGGUGUCUCCGCGGCCUAUGGCUGCGCCAGUUGAGGAAGAACCUUAUGACUAUGAGGGACUUCCGCCAAAUUUCUCGCUCACGGCGAACAUGGCCGCCGGAGCUUUCGCGGGAAUCGCUGAGCACACAGUCAUGUACCCGAUAGACUUGAUGAAGACUCGGAUGCAAAUCGUGAAUCCUUCUCCGACGGCCGUGUACACUGGCAUCAGCAAUGCCAUGCUUACAAUCUCGAGGGUAGAAGGAUUUCGAACCCUCUGGCGGGGGGUCUCAAGUGUGGUACUUGGGGCUGGCCCGGCACAUGCGGUUUAUUUCGCAACAUACGAGGCAGUCAAACAUGCGAUGGGCGGAAAUGCGGGUGCGCAUCAGGAACACCAUCCCUUGGCAGCAGCUGUUUCCGGCGCUUCGGCUACAAUAGCGAGCGAUGCACUGAUGAAUCCCUUUGAUGUCAUCAAGCAGCGCAUGCAACUCCAGAAUGCUCAUUAUCGCAAUGUCGCGCAAUGCGCGAAGCACGUUUUCCGCAAUGAAGGCCUGCGUGCCUUCUAUGUCUCCUACCCGACCACUCUUGCCAUGACUGUCCCGUUUACCGCAAUCCAAUUCACUGUCUACGAGUCUACAGUUAAAUUUCUGAAUCCCUCUGGCAAAUACGACCCGUACACACAUUGUUUUGCGGGAGGGAUUGCAGGCGGUGUGGCUGCGGGCAUUACAACGCCCUUGGAUGUCAUCAAGACGUUGCUGCAGACCAGGGGAACUGCGCAGGACUCGGAAUUAAGGAAUGUAAAGGGUCUCUGGGAGGCUGCAUCCAUUAUCAAGAGAAGGGAUGGUUGGAAAGGGUUCUUCAGAGGGUUGAAACCGAGAAUUGUAACCACGAUGCCGAGCACAGCUAUCUGCUGGACGGCGUAUGAGAUGGCAAAAGCUUUCUUCAUUGCGCGGAACGAAUCCUAAAGGACGGAUUCUACGCUAGGUCACGACCUGUUGCGUCGCUGGAACAAAACCACUUCGUUCCAAGACAUGUCUCCGAUAACCCUAGGUACUCCAUCGGGCGUCGAUCUGCUCUAAUAGUUUUUUUUCUGCUUGAUAUAGACAUCGCCAGAAACGUUCUUGUGCCGUUUAUGCAAGCAUGGCGAAUGAGGGCUCUGGAUAUCGGAUCUAUUGGUCCUUGUCACAUGCAUAUAUAGACAAACAACGGGAUACGGCGUCUUCCUCUCUCCUGUGCGUAGGAACAAUUUUACGGGACGAUGUCAGAAAAGAAAAAGAAGUCAUCAGGGCGCUUUUCGCUACAACAACGGUGGAGUUAUGCUUCUAACCAACGUAAUACCUACCUCCGCACGGUGGCGAGUCGGCGCUGAAUUCUUUUCUCGUGUCUGGCGCUCAAGAUUUACAAUUUCAACUGAGUUUGGCUUUUCCA